GACGUCACUGCUGUUAACGCUUCUCCCACCCUCCUGCUUUUGGUUCUGAAGACAGAGUCGGCAACCAUGAGGAAGCUUUGGCUGAUCCUGGCCACUCUCUUGGCUUUUGUGGCCUUUGCCGUCGGACAGAACAGAAUACUGACAAAGCCACGUGCAAGGAGAUGGUUCUGCCCUGGAUGCUACACACCUCUGUUUCAGUCAGAUUCAGAGACAGGUGCCACAUCAGUUGAGGAUUCCAUCUUGUCACCUGUGGAGCCCAGCAAGCAGAACAAAACAUUGGGAAGGCUACUCCCAAGAUGGCAGCCCUGCCCUGGAUGCUUCCCAGCUAUGGACUUAACGGCGGAUCACACGAUAAAUGUCACAUUGGUUGAGGAUUCCAUCUUGUCACCUGUGGAGCUCAGCAAGCGGAACCGAACAUGGGCAAGGCGGAGGCCUCCCCCGAGAAGGAAACCCUGCCCUGGAUGCUGGACAGUUAUGAGACCAUGGCUGGAUCACACGAUAAAUGUCACAUUGGCUGAGGAUUCCAUCUUGUCAGCUGUGGAGCCCAGCAAGCGGAACCGAACAUCAGCAAGGCGACCCCCAGGAAGGGCAUCGGUGCAUGAAGAAAGAAUCGUCAUAUUGCCACCUGUGGGUUCGAGGUCAAACAUCAGGACAAAAAGGGAUGCUCCGUGGCGGCGCAGAGGGAAGCUGCGGACAAGCACCAGGGCUAUGUGCCGGGGAUGCUAUUCAGGGCUGACGAUUGUAGCCCCUCCUGCCCAGGACAGCAAAAACCAGACCUUGAUUGGAAGCCACUCAGAGUCAGACGGGGAUUCCAGCGAAGAAGAUUAGCUGCCACCUGUUGCAUGAGCUUCCACCUGGGGCUUGGAGUCCAAAUCACUGACUGACACUGAAGAGCAACCUAGACGUGUCAUUAUUCACACAAUUCAUUAUUAGAAAUUACAUUAUUGUUAUUUUUAAACUUUUAGAGUAGCAGCUGCUGCUGGUGGAAUCAUUGGAACCAUUUUGGUCUGAGAGGACUUGCAGCACAAUCCUAGCCAUGUCUACUUAGAAGUAAGUCUUACUGAAUCCAAUAGGGCUUUCCCCUAGUUAUAGAUGGGGAGAAAUUUGAUUCAGUUCACAUUUAAAGGCAAUUGUAACUAAUUUGCACGUAAAAAAGGGAAGUGAAACUCUGCUACUCUUUGAAAUUCACACUUCUCCGGAUUUUGCAAAGCAGUUUUGCAGCCAAGUAGUGUAUAAAAAAAUGCAUAUAUUAGGGGAAAGUGUGCGUAAAAAUGCAUAUAUUCGUGAAAAUAACAUACAAAAUUGCAUUAUAGGGAAAACUGUUUUGAAAAAAUGUGCACAUUAGGCAAAAUUGCAUACAAAAAUGUGCAUACUAGGAGAACUUCAUUGAUGAAUUUUCAUGAGGACUUAAAAACCACAGUGAUGUGAAAAUGCUGAGAACUGACUGGAAAAAUUAGAAACUGAGAGAAAUUGAAAUGGGCAGAUUGGCUUGUCCCUACCCCCAGAUAAGUAGGAUUUAGUGUCUUUGUUUGCCGCCCUGGUCUCCUUCUGGGAGGAAGGGCAGGAUAUCUAUCAAUCAAUCAAUAAAGAAGUAAAAUGCAGCCUUGCAGAAGAGAGAGGUGGAGAUGCGCUGGAACCAGCAGAACAGGGAGGGUGUUUCUACCCCCCCUCCCUGUCUCACAUACACACACACACACACAAUUGGUUCCUACAAAUCACAUUGCAUGGCUGCUAUUUUUUUUAAACCACACAAUUACAAAUUACAAUUUGAUUCUCUGAUGGAAACAAGACGAUUUAACCCAUUUAAUAUACUGACCUUCAUCCUAAAUGGGAUUUCAUGGCAAUAUACAAUGAAUUAAAUCCUUAAGACAGCAAAAGUGACAGCAAGUUAAAAUGCCUACGCGAACAAGAGUGUUUUUAUUGCCAUUGCAAAAGAUUGGAGGGUGGGCGCCAGGCAGGCCUCUUUGGGUAGGGGAUUUCCAUUGAUGAGAAAGCACUCUCCCUUGUUGAGUAGCCUUCCAUGGAUCAAGUGCCUUUUCCAUGUUUACCCAUUAUAAAUUCAAACUGUGUUCUGUUAGCAGGAAGAUUUUGCAAAAUAAAUUCUUGUUCAAAAGUUUUUUUAAUGUUUAUGGUCAUUUGAACAAUUUAAUAUUUUUGGACACAUAAUGAGAAGACAUGAUUUGCUAGAAAAGUCAAAGCUGGGGAAAACAGAAGGCAGUAGAAAAAGAGGAAGGCCAAACAAGAGGUGGAUUGAAUCCAUAAAGGAAGCCACAGACCUGAACUUACAAGAUCUGAACGGGGUGGUUCAUGACAGAUGCUCUUGGAGGUCGCUGAUUCAUAGGGUCGGCAUAAGUUGAAAUUGACUUAAAGGCACAAAACAACAGCAAAUAUUUUUGGUCAGCCUCUCCAUUUCUUCUCCUGGGUAUCCACCUUCACCUUGACAUUUCCUUUCCUCAGUACUAUUUUAGCAUUGUUUUUUGAAAAUUAAAGAAAUAACUUUUUAAAAUUAUCUUUAAAAAAAUUAAUUCCCAUUGCAAUAAUUCUCGAUAGCAAAAUUGCAUGAAUUAAAAAUACCUGGCUCUCUCUAUAUCUGUCUGUAGGUGUAGAUGUUGACACAGAUGUAUAAGUAGAUCUAGAAAUGUCUGUGUGUGUGUGUGUGUAUAUAUAUAUAUUUGCAGCACUUACUCUAUAAUAAACCACUGUCUGAAAGUA